AUUUCCGACGAACUAAGACUAAAAUGGCGAACAAGCUCAAAGUCGACGAACUCCGUUCAAAACUCGCCGAGCGUGGACUCAGUACUACCGGAGUCAAAGCCGUUCUGGUGGAGAGGCUUGAAGAAGCUAUCGCAGAAGACACUAAGAAGGAAGAAUUAAAGAGCAAGAGGAAAAGAAACCGAGAUUCUUCGGAUGUUACUGAUGAAUCGAACAAAUUGAUUGCAAUUGGCGAAUUUCGUGGAAUGAUUGUGAAGGAGUUGCGUGAAGAAGCUAAUAAGAGAGGCUUAGAUACAACGGGAACCAAAAAAGAACUUCUUGAGAGGCUUUGCAAUGAUGCCAAUAACGAUUCCAGUGCACCAGUCAAAUCUGGGACAGAUGGAGCUGAAGAUGACAGAAAUGGUUUUGAAGAAGAAAAGAAAGAAGAGAAAAUGGUAACCGCGACAAAGAAGGGUGCUGCGGUAUUGGAUCAAUGGAUUCCUGAUGAGAUAAAGAGUCAGUACCAUGUUCUACAAAGGGGUGAUGAUGUUUAUGAUGCGAUCUUAAAUCAGACAAAUGUCAGGGAUAAUAAUAACAAGUUCUUUGUCCUGCAAGUCCUAGAGUCUGAUAGUAAAAAGACAUACAUGGUUUACACUAGAUGGGGAAGAGUUGGUGUGAAAGGACAAAGUAAGCUAGAUGGGCCUUAUGACUCAUGGGAUCGUGCAAUAGAAAUAUUUACGAAUAAGUUCUGUGACAAGACAAAGAAUUAUUGGUCUGACAGAAAGGAGUUUAUCCCUCAUCCCAAGGCCUAUACAUGGCUCGAAAUGGAUUACGGAAAAGAGGAAAAUGAUUCACCGGUCAAUGAUAUUCCUAGUUCAUCUUCCGAAGUUAAACCUGAAAAUUCAAAACUUGAUACUCGGGUUGCCAAGUUCAUCUCUCUUAUAUGUAAUGUCAGCAUGAUGGCACAACAUAUGAUGGAAAUAGGAUAUAAUGCUAACAAAUUGCCACUCGGCAAGAUAAGCAAGUCCACGAUUUCAAAGGGUUAUGAAGUGCUGAAGAGAAUAUCGGAGGUGAUUGACCGGUUUGAUAGAACGAGGCUUGAGGAACUGAGUGGAGAGUUCUAUACUGUGAUACCCCAUGAUUUUGGUUUUAAGAAAAUGAGUCAGUUUGUUAUAGACACUCCUCAAAAAUUGAAACAGAAAAUAGAAAUGGUUGAAGCAUUAGGUGAAAUUGAACUCGCAACAAAGUUGUUGUCGGUCGACCCGGGAUUGCAGGACGAUCCUUUAUAUUAUCACUACCAGCAACUUAAUUGUGGUUUGACGCCAGUAGGAGCCGAUUCAGAGGAGUUCUCUAUGGUUGCUAAUUACAUGGAGAACACUCAUGCAAAGACGCAUUCGGGAUACACGGUUGAGAUUGCUCAACUUUUUAGAGCUUCGAGAGCUGUUGAAGCUGAUCGGUUCCAACAGUUUUCAAGUUCGAAGAACAGAAUGCUACUCUGGCAUGGGUCACGUCUCACUAAUUGGGCUGGUAUUUUAUCUCAAGGCCUGCGAAUAGCUCCUCCUGAAGCGCCUGUAACUGGUUACAUGUUUGGAAAAGGUGUUUACUUUGCGGAUAUGUUCUCCAAGAGUGCGAACUAUUGCUACGCUAACACUGGUGCUAAUGAUGGCGUUCUGCUCCUCUGCGAGGUUGCUUUGGGAGACAUGAAUGAACUUCUGUAUUCAGAUUAUAACGCCGAUAAUUUACCCCCGGGAAAGCUAAGCACAAAAGGUGUGGGGAAAACAGCACCAAACCCAUCAGAGGCUCAGACACUAGAAGACGGUGUUGUUGUUCCACUUGGCAAACCAGUGGAACGUUCAUGCUCCAAGGGGAUGCUGUUGUACAACGAAUAUAUUGUCUACAAUGUGGAACAAAUCAAGAUGCGUUAUGAGUUGUUUGUCAAAAAAAACAAGGCAGAGGCAGCCAUGGGAGAAAAGAGGAGAUCUAGUUCGAAAACCCUAGCUAAGAACAAGAAGAGGAAAGGUCCUCAUUUACCUAAUUCGAUACUCAAGACUAUUGCCAAUGAGAAACGUCCUUUGAACUCCGACGAAGAAGACGAUGACAUCCAUUCCGAUGAUGAGAACGUCGAUAUGUAUGAGUACGAAGAAGGUGAGCCUGAGGAAGAGUCCAAGAAAAACAAUCGCUAUGACCGUGUCGAUAACUACGAAUACGAGCUUCCCGAAGAUUUCGAGGAUGAAAAUGUGGAGUCAGAUGAUGAUGAAGAUGGUGGUAACAGCGACAAUGAGGAUGGUGAAGGUGAUGAUGAUAGACACACUCGUAUGUUGCAAGGUCUCACUGGAAUGCCAAGUGCAGCCUUUCAAGGAGAGAGUAAGAGAAGACCUGUACUCUUUACUGAAGCGUAUCCAGAGUCUGAAUUCAAUCCUACACGUGAUGUUCUGGAGGGUAAAGGCCUCAUUUCAGUUGAGGACCUUUUGGCGCCUCUUGAAGGAAAACCUGGGUUUAACGAUCUUAAGAAGAGGAUCAACCGGAUGCAGAAAGAUACUCAGUCUGUUGUUCAUGCUCCUCUGCCAAAGCCAGAACGAGAAAGACUGGAACGGAAAGCUGUGAAAGGACUAGUUGAGAAAGAGUUUAAUAAGUGGGUGCAUCUGGUCAAGAGGAAUAGGGAGGCACCAACUGUUUACUUCAACCAAACUGUCAGUGUUGGGUACUCUACAGUUGGCGCAAUAGCAUCAGAGUUUCAACCCAGGACUGAAUUCGAGAAGAAAAUGGCUUCUGUACUCAAUGAUAACGAGCUUGGGGAGGCUCACAAAGAAGAUGGCGCUAAGCUUCUUGAAUUGAACGAGGUGUCAAUGGAAGACCACAUCAAGUACCGUGACCACAUUGCCAAGAUGCGGAGCCUGCUCUUCCGCCAUGAACUGAAAAGUAAACGUAUCAAGAAGAUUAAGUCUAAAACUUAUCAUCGCCUUAAAGGCAAAGACCUGAAGAAAUCGGCGAUGGGAGCAUUUAUGGACCCAGAAAUGGCUAAAGAAGAGGCUAUUAAGCAGGAGACUAGACGAGUAGAGGAACGGAUGACGUUGAAGCACAAAAACACAGGAAAAUGGGCCAAACGCAUGUUAAGCCGUGGACUGAAUGAGAGAUACGAUGGAACUCGGGCUGCUAUAUCUGAACAACUUCAGAUUAAUGCUACUUUGUCAAGAAAGAUGAACUCCACGAACGAUGGAAGUAGCAGUGAUGAGAGCGACGAUGAGGAAGAGUUGAGUUGUGGUUCAGAUCAGGAUACUCCUUCUAAAUUGAUAGCAAAAGCCAGGGAGAAGACACUGAAAACUGUGGAAGAUGAUGAAGUACCCAAUUCUGGUCUUCUUUCAUUACCUUUCAUGGCUCGUGCUAUGAAAAAGAAAAACGAGGAAGUUAAUGAAGAAGCUAAACGUGCAUUUGAGGAGUAUGAAGAGUUGGAGAAUUCUGGUGGAGCAGAAAAUCCUAGAAAAUCCGCUGAUGUUAGUGGUAGAAGAGUAUUUGGUGCCACCUCUAAAGUCGAAGCUCCAAAAGAGUCUAAAAAGGACUCGGACAACUUUUAUGACAACAGUGAUAGUGACAAUGAUAUGGAAGGCAUAGAAAAUAGUGACCUUGGGGCUGUUGGAGAUACUGCUUCACCUGCUAGAAACACUGGAGCCAUAACAGAGGCUGAGAAGCUCGAUGAUGAUGUUGAAAAUCCAGCUUCUAAGACAACAUUUGAUGUUGCCUUAUUUGCGUCAGGCUCUUGGAAGAAGAUGAAAGGCUGCCAAAAUGCAGAAUCCAAAAAACCUCCAAAGACACAUAAACCAAUUUCAAAGGGCCAAGAUAAAAAGGAAUCGAGAGAUGAAGAAAGUGAAGAUUCCGAGAGUGAAGCAGAGCAAAUGGUUGAUGGGAUUUUGACAUCUGCUUCAAAGGAAACCUAUGAAAUUCCUUCUCAAGCAGAGCUUAUACAACGUGCUUUUGCUGGUGAUGACGUUGUUGAUGAAUUUGAGAAGGAUAAACAAGAGGUUCUAAAUCAGGAAGUUCCUGAACCGGAAAAACCAGUUCUAGUUCCUGGUUGGGGACAAUGGACCAAUAUCCAAAGAAAGAGAGGUUUACCUUCAUGGAUGGUUAGAGAACAUGAGGAUGCAACGAAAAAGAGAAAGCUAGAUCUCAAAACAAGGAAAGACUAUCGUCUAAGAAAUGUUAUCAUAUCAGAAAAAGCCGAUAAAAAGGCUGACAAACUUCAUACAACGACUCUACCUUUCCCAUAUACAUCUAAGGAAGUUUUCGAACACAGCAUGCGCAUGCCUAUAGGACCCGAGUUUAAUCCUGCGACUAUUGUUGGAGCUCUAAACCGACCAGAGGUUGUGAAGAAAGCUGGUGUGAUAAUUAAACCGGUCAAAUUUGAGGAAGUGAAUCCAAACGAGAAAGUUGAUGACGAAAACCCUCGAAGCCAUCAAAAACAAAGACCCAAAAAGGGUAGUAAAACCAGUAAAGGUCAAAGCAAAAUCAAGUCCAAGCUAAAGUCCAAAGCUUAGCUCCAAAAUUUUUGUAUUCUCAAACUUGUUUAGACACAAAUUUUGAUACGAAAAGAAAAAGUUUUGCUUUGU